AGGAGGAAAAGGAGGAGCCGAGGAGGAGGGGAGCGAGGGGACGAUGGAGACGGUGGAGGAGGACAUCGAGGAGUACAGCUGGCGGGAGGUGGUGCUGCCGCACUUGGUCCCCGUGAUGCCCGACCCGCAGCCGGAGCUCGAGCGCGAGACGGGGGAGCGACGCCGCGGCAGGGACCUCCUCGUCGCCGUCGACUUCGGGCCCAACUCCAAGCACGCCUUCGACUGGGCGCUCGCGCACAUCGCGCGCAUCGCCGACACGGUCCACCUCGUCCACGCCGUAUCCAGUGUGCAUAACGAGCUGGUGUACGAGAAAAGUCGGGAGCUAAUGGAGGAUUUAGCCGUCGAGGCAUUCAAGACGUUACUGGUCUGUACCAAGGCUCGAAUUGUUGAAGGAGAUGCUGGAAAGGUUAUUUGCCGAGAAACAGAGCGACUGAAGCCAGCUGCUGUUAUUCUUGGCACACGUGGUAGAAGCCUUAUGCAAAGUGUGUUGCAGGGAAGUGUCAGUGAGUAUUGCUUCCACAACUGUAAAGCAGCACCAAUUAUUAUUGUGCCAGGCAAAGAAGUUAACAUGCACUGGGAUGGCUGUGGACAGCAGUAGGAAGCAUCUAGUUAUGUUCAAUAACAAAGAAAUAGUUUGUCUUAUCCCUGCAAAUCUGCCAUGAAUCAGAUAAUGUAAGCCAUUCCUGAUCUUUCUGAUGGCCAAACAAGUGAACGUUAGAGAACAUUUUGUUUCCUCUGGACACUGGAAAACUAUGUUUUUUUUUGGCGGACUAAACAUGUUAAGUUCUUGCCUUUUCAUGAACAAAAAACGUUCUGUGAUUCAAAAGAAACUUAGCAGUGCUCAUGAAAAUCUUGAAAUAAGAUUCAGGUGGGAUCUCAGUGCACUCAAAUCUAGUGCGGAGGUUAUUGUCAUUGUAUACUGUGCAGGCAAAUUAUCCUUUACCUUCAUUACAA